UGUGUUUUCAUACAAAUUUAAAAAUUUUUUGUCCUAUUUCCGUGAAGAAUGCCAUUGGUAAUUUGAUAGGGAUUGCAUUGAAUCUCUAGAUUACCUUGGAAAGUAGUGUCAUUUUAACCAUAUUAAUUCUUCCAGUCCAGGGACAUGUUAUAUCUUACCAUCUGUUUGUGUCAUCUUCAGUUUCUUUCAUCAGUGUCUUAUAGUUUGUGAAGUACAGGCCUUUUGCCUCCUUAAGUAGGUUCACUUUUAAGUAUUUUAUUCUUUUUGAUGCAUUGGUAAAUGGGAUUGUUUCCUUAAUUCCUCUAUCUGAUCUUUCAUUGUUGGUGUAUAGAUAUGUAAACAUAUUUUUAAGUUUUUGGUCAAUUUUGUUUGGUUGAUUUUUCUCCACAUUAUAGGUUAUAUUUUCCUAUUUAUUUGCACACCUGAUAAUUUUUGGUGGAUGUCAGACAUUGUGAAUUUUAUCUUGUAGAGUGCUGGAUGUAUUUUAUAUUUCUAUAAAUCUUCUUGAGCAUUUUUUUUUUAGUGGGAUGCAGUUAGUUUCUUGGAAACAGUUUGAUCUUUUCAUGUCUUGGUUUUUAGAUUAGUGUCUGAGUCCUCUACCCCAAACCCUAUGAAUUAUAAGUUUUUCCAGUCUGGCUGGUAAGAACAGGCACAAUUCUCAGCCCUGGUGAAUGCUAGGUACUGUUCUCUCAGAUACUUUCAGGCAGUUCCUCUCCUGGCUGUAGGUUGUUUCCUCAUAUACAUAUGCUGAUUGGUACUCAGCUGAAAACCUGCGGAGGUAUCUUCUGAUCUCUGGAGAUCUCUUUCUGUUCAGAUUUCCUCUUUCUGGUACCCUGUCCUGAGAUUUUCAGUUGUAUUGAUUUCCCUGGUUUCUCAGAUACCUCUCUUCAAUGAGGGAUUGUGCUGAGCUCUGUCUCGAUUUUCCUUCCUAGGUUCAUGGUCUGGAAGCUGGGUCAGUAAUAGGGCUCAUGUCAUCUAUUUCUUGUUUCUUAGGGUUCACCUUAUGUUUUUCCUUUCUCAAUGCCUGGUCUCUACUGCUUGAAAACUUGUACAGUGGUUUCAUUUUCUCUGGCAGAAGGGCAAUUCCCAUCUCUCUUACUUUGACUUGAUUGGAAGUGGUAAUCCUCCAUUCAUCUUCUCUUUCAUGUAGCAUCUUAUUGGUCAAUAUAAUUUUGGACACAGUAUACAUAUUUAAUACUCAAUUUAAUGCAGUUUGUUGAAACAUUCUUUCUACUUUUCAGUUAGAAAACUUUCUAUGAUGAGUGCUUUUCACUGUAAAUAUAUUUUCAAAAAUUGUUUUAAGAGUCAGUUAUGUCCUGCAUUAUGCUUGAUGAUUUCAAUCAUUGCCCUAUUCAAAACCACUCAUUCCUAAGGCUAGCCAGUCAAAAAUUAAGAUGUUAAAUUUUUUAAAAAUAAUAAUUUACGUAUUUUUAAGUGAAUAAAAGAUGCUACUGUAGGGAAGUACCAUGUUUUUAUUAGCUUGUUUUUUAAGAAGGAUUGAAGCCAAGUAGCUUUUAAAUAAUCUAUUCUUGAAUUUGUAGAUCUGAAUCAUCAUAAAACAGCCAGUAAAUUGCUGUCUUUUCAAAUUAUAUCACUCUUUAUGGAGUUCUUUUUAUUUAUUUAGAAGAGUCUUUAGUUCAUGGGUAGGCCUUUUGAAUGUUCACAUACCAACUAGUAGUGAAACAGGUGCUGGUGAACUAUUUCAUUUUCAUUUUAUUUCUAGUAUUUGAUAGAGUACUGUGAACUGAUAUGGGACUAAAGCGUCAAAAUUCAGGAGCAUAUCUUGCUGUAGUGCAUACUUGUUACUUCAAGAGUUUUCUGGCAGUAAGGGCACAAUUGACUGUGUUAAUUUAAAAGAAUCUUUGAGGUAGUAUAGUUCCAUAUGCUGUAGGAAUAUGUCAAUGAUUUUUUUUUUAUUUUAUAAUUUGAGUUUUUAAUGUAGUCUUUUGAAAGCUAGUUGUUAAGCAUGGCAAGAAGACUAGAAUUGCUUUAGAAUUCUUAGGAAAAUAAUUUUGUAGGAACAGAUUAAAAUUAACUUUAACUUUCUUCAGCACUGUCAUAAAUACCAGCAGGAUGAAGCCAAAAUUGUGGCAAUGUUACAUUGCGAUGUUUCCAAUAUUUAAGCAUAAAGGUUAGGCUAGAUUUAUAUUCCCUUGUAAAACCGAACCAAAAUAUAAAUUAUUUAUAGAAUUUUAAGAACAGACUCUAAAAAUUGAAUAGUACUCUGUGGUGGAGACCACUAGUUGUCUCACAGAUCCCCCUUCUCCAUCAGACAUAGAGCCCCUGACUUUGUACUGGGGAUAGACCAUUGGAGAAUAAAGAUGACCUUUCUCAGCUUCCCUUGGAGCUAGGAAUUAUGCCAUGUGGCAUGUAGUUCUGGUCAUAUGAUGGAAGCAGAAGUGAUUUGUGUGACUUCCUGAUGCCCAUUAAAGGAAGGGGUGCUCUCUCCUUCCCCUUCUCACUUGCUGGGAGGUGGCUAUGGUGUUGGACUCCCUUAGAAAUUGCUGAAGAGGCCAGCACUCUAAGGGUGGCAGAGGAACACAUUUUUAAAAAAGGUCUGGGGCAGUGAUGAUGGCUUCUCAAGCAGAGAUGCCAUAACAGCUUGGAGUUUCUUGUGAGUGAGGUAGAAACUUCUAGAUUGUCUAAGCCACUGUUGUUUGGUGCCUUUGUCACACAUAGGCAAAGCUAGACACAUUAUUCCCACCAUUUUUUUAUUUUGUUUUGUUUAUAAGCCAUGUUAGUAAUUCCUUUUUCCAUGCAUCAUAAUCCAAAGUUUUUCAAAGGACCUCAUUAAAAAAAAAUGGACUAGUUUAAUAUUGAUCAGCUGAAGAGGCCAAUGCAUUUAAACCUAUCUGGCUGUUCUCUGAGAACCUUAAAUAAAGAUUUGAGGCACAUAAUCUUUAUGUUGACUUUGGAGGAAAACAUGGUUUGAAGAGAGAGAAAAAGCUGAAUUAUUCAACUUUCUACUUUGCUCACAUUCACCAAAUAUUUUUUCUGUUUUUCUGUGUUUUGUAUUUCAUAGCUGUCAGAUCCCAAAGUCUACUGGGAUGGCUCUCUGUGCUAUUCUACACCAUUUACUACUCCCCUUUUUGGAACCUAUCAUCCCUGAACCUCUGAGAUGUCACACCAUGAGUUUCCUCCCCUGCUUCUGCUCUCUCCUUGGUCUCCUUUAUGGAAUCGUCUUUAAUCCUCCCCUUCCUUGUGGAUAUACUCUGAUUCUUGGCUCAUUAUUCCUUUUACCGUGUGUUAGGGAGAUAACAAAUUGACAGCUAGUUGAUAAUGCAUAGGAUUUAAAGAAAUAUUGUAUUAAUUGGCAGUAUUUAAAAAUCAUGAUAUUUAACAUGAAAUUCAGAUUUUGGUUUCUUUUGACCAAGGAGAAUUUCUGACAACACUGCACCAACAUCCUCAUAAUAUUAGAUGGUUUUAGCUGAGUUAUAGGUACUUCCUAAGACUGGAUAUAUUCUUUCUUCUUUGUUAUAAUCCCCAUCACUCCCUAUUACUUACAUCUUGUAUGUUGCAUUUAUUUUCAUUACUUGUCUGAUCUUUUAGGCAUUUAAGUUUCUGAUUCUUAUCUUCCUGGCUAAUUUAAGUUUUAAAAUAAUCUUUUCUAAAAGUGAUUUCGCUUUUCUUCCCUAUCCUUUGUAAUUCCAGUCCCUCCUCUUGAUCCCUACUAAUACUCUCCUAGUUAACUUUCACCUGGCUUGCUCACAGUAGAAUUCAAACAGACUUCUAUGCUUCUUUUUUUAUCCACAUCCUCUAAUCAUCCUCCAUACUGAUUCUAGAGUGACCUUCUUAAAGUUAAAAUUUUAAUAUGCCUCUAUCCAGCCCUAAGAUUUUUGAGUGGCUCACCUACCUUCUAAAUGACAGCAGGCUCCCUAGAAUCAUUGUGAGUGUAAAAUGGUACAGCCACUUGGAAAACAAUCUAGCAGUUCCUCCAAAUGUUAAACAUAAAGUUACUGUAUUACUCAGCAGUUCCACCCCAAGUUGUAUGCCCAAGGGAAUUAAAAACAUAUUUCUAGACAAAAAUGUGUACAUGAAUGUUCAUAACUAUUAUAUCAGCUAAGAAGUGGAAACAACCCAAAUGUCCACUAACUGAUGAACAGAUAGACAUGGGAUAUUAAUACAGUGGUCCAUAAGGAAAAGGAUCAAGAACUGUUUCAUGUUACAACAUGGAUGAAACUUGAAAACUUUAUGCCAAGUGAGAAAGGCUAGACUGUAAGGCCCUUUUGUAAGGUCAUGUAUUGUUUAACUCAAUUUAUAUGAAAUAUCCAGUGACAAAAAUAGAGUAGUGGUUGCCAGGGGCUGGCGGGAGAGGAAAUGGGAUGUGACUGCUAAUGGAUAUGGGUUUCUUUUUUAGGGUGAUAAAAAUGUUCUGGAAUUGGGUAGGGCUGAUGGUAGCAAACUGAAUAUCCUUAAAAAAUCACUGAAUUAUAAAGUGUAAAGGGUGAAUUUUUGUUAUGUCAAUUUUAUCUCCAAAGAAAUCAGAGAACGUAACUGAUACGGCUUUUGCUACUCUCUCCAGGCUCAUUUCCUGGUACUUUCAUCUUCCCACUUCUCUAACUUGCCCCUUUCUCCUUGUGCUAGUAUACUAAUCUCCAGUUUUCCUUCACCUCCUCUGGAAUUUCUUCUUGUGCAUCAGUGCUGGAUUACUUAAGGGGGAUUAGGUAGAAUCUCCAGAGCCAAGCAGGAGCACCCUAUAAAAUGAAAAGAAAUUAACUUGGAGGCGAUUAUCCAAAUUUUGCAGUCAGAAAAUCUAUAAAGAAGCUCUUUUAAGUUUCAGCAUGCAUACGUAUUCAUUUUUAUAGUUUUUAGUUUUAGUAAAAUAUGAUGGACGAGGUGUGGGGAACCAUAUUUUAAAGCAAACAUCAUGUCAGAGUCUUAACCCACUUUUACUGCCCACCCCCAUGCUGUGUAGGCUAGGAGUAUCACUUUUGUGACCCCCCAAACACUCUGGACACUCCUUGUCACCCCGAAUGCUAACUGUUUAUUUUUCUGUCUCCCCGUCUCCAAGGCGACUCCCUGGGCACAGCUCUGUCUCUCUCGUUUUUCUAGCUAUACAAGUAAAUCCUACUAAUUCUCCAUAUAGAGUAUUUGGCAAAAUUUGAAUAAAUGAGUGGACAUCCUCAGUGGACAUCAAGUGGGAGAGGUAGCUUAUAUUUGCUUUACUAAAGAUCAGAGAUCUAAAGACUGUUUAAAGAUGCCUUCGUUAAACACAAUCUGAUCUUUCCUUCUUUCUCUCUCCCCUCCCCAAAUAUUCUCCCUCUCUCCCUCCUCCCCCACCCCCGCCACACAGAGGCACAGACACACAGCCCUUUAAAAAGCCAUUUCAAAAAGACUAGAAUAAAAAACAUGUGAGAAUUUUCACUUUUCUCAACCUGUGCACCUAAGGAGGGUGUUAGAUUUAAGGCCUAAAGGGGGUAUUAAAAUGGCACUUUCCCCAACAGAUUUUUGAAGUGUUUUUUGUACUUUUCCUUUUCAUGUCAGAAAACUCAUAAGUUAAAAUUCAUGUACUAACAUUAACUCCCAGUUUGGAUUUUUUUCACUGUGCAGUAGCAAAUAGUGGCUGGUUAAUGUUUUCUCUUUGAAAAAUGUGAUUAAACCUAAUUGUUUAUAAAUGAUCCCUUACUUUUUUUUACUUUUGAUUUUGAAAAUCUAGCAGUUCUUUCUAUCCUAUAGUGUCUGUUCUCAGACCCUGAGACAAAGGUUUGAGAGCUGGUACCUUAUUUAGGAGGCAGAGAACAUGUGAGUAGAAGUGGGGAAAACAGUCAGGAGAGGGCGUGUAUUAAGCCAGCUACACUUUUAGGCAACUGAUGCUUAAUUCUUCCGAGGAAACUAGAGGAAUUAGAAUUAUCUAUCCAAGAAGCAAGGGAGUUGGGUGUUAUACCAUAGGAGUUGGGUGUUAUACCAUAGGACUCCUUAUGGAGGCCGCUUCCAGGCUGCUGUGUAGGUCCAGUGAAAACCCCCACGCAGCAAAAUAGAAGUGUUGGCAGUUGGAAGUCUGUGGGCAUACAUGAGAGUAGUAAUGGCCAGGGGCCGUGGGUGGGCAUCGGCAGAAUCCGCUAUAUAUGGAGAUGGUGCACCACUGUGAGAGGAGUGCUAGAGUGUGAAAAAUAGAGAAUUGGAGUUGGCCUAACUUAGGCAUUUCCUCAACCGUUAGAUUAUGUGCUGAGUAUUGUGCUAGGUGAUGGGAUAUGCUGAUUUAUUUGUUGAGGUGCUUAGCUUUUUAAACCUCAGGUUCUUCAUUUUUAAAGGUAAACCUAUUUUCCUCCUUUCAAAGUUGACACAUAAAUGAGAUGACGUUCCUGAAAAUGCGUUGAAAUGUUUAAAGCAGUAUUUCACAUUUAUUGUUACAGUAUUUACCCUGAGAAAGCAGUAGAAAUGGGGUUAACUUCAUAAACUUCUCUCUUAUCAGGGAUCUGUUAGCCAGUCAAAAGCCUUUUUUUCUUAAGGCUUUGUGAAACUGGCCUCUCCAUGCAGUUUGUAUAUAAUAGUAAAUAUAUAAGUUCCAUGAAAGGAAUAAGGUACCAUGGAAAUGAUUAUUUUUAGCCAGCUGGCACUGAAGGCAUCCCAGGGAAAGUGGAUAAUAUGAACACUCACGUAAAAGGUAGGAAUUAGUGGAAACGGGGAGUUUAUAAACAGUGCAUUUCUGGAGAUAUUGAGUUCAGGAGGCAGUGCAGGUGAGAAUAUACUCAGUGCCCAGGUUAAAUUUUUGGGUCCAUGAAUUACCUAGGACAGGGUGACAAUCUUUCUCGGUUGCCAACUAGCUGUGUGAUGUCUGAUUGGUUACUUACGUUUUCUUAGCCUUUCUUUCCUUAACUGUACAUUGGGGAUCUUGGUACUACCUAUAAGAUUGUUUUAAGAGUAUUUUGUAAGGAUAAAUGAGAUACAUUAUGUAAGACAGAAUAAAUUUUCAGUAACCUCGUCUGUAGCUUUUGGUACCAGUGGAGUUUCAGAUCACAUCUUAUUUCUUGAAGAGGCAUCUAGUCCAUGCCAUGAAAGAUUUCCCAAAGUAUAUGGAACAUUAAUCAUACAACAUCUACGAGAAAAAAGGAUUAUGAAGUGAAAAAAAAAUUGAGAAACCCUGUGGAUCAUAGAUGGACUUCAUGGAGAGUCACAUUAAGAUAUUAAUAGUGCUGAAACAUCUGGGAGUGAAUAGACCUUUUUGACUUUGUUUAAUACUGUAUAUGAAAUUUCUUUAAUCACUACCUUCCCUUAUAGUCACAUUGUAUAAUCUUUGGGAGAUGCCAAUUUGAAGAGCUUCAUGAGGUAGAUCAAGCAGAUUUACUGGUACUUAUAGAUCUACAUUAAUAUCAUCAAUCUAUAGUAAAUGAUAAGUAAUAAAAUAUUUUUGAGGUUCUCUGAGAUUCUGUAUGUCUCUAAGGCACUUUGCUAAUCAUUUCCCCCACAUCAAUUAUUACAUGAUCUUUUACUGUCUCAUCCCUCAUUUUCUAUACAGAAUGUAUCGCUUGCCCUAUGAUUUCUCCUAGGCCUUAGAUAUGUUCCAAAUGAUGUUUUUUGGCCUGACUUGAGAUAAUUUAAAGAACAUUCCCCAGACAAUUCUGAAAGCCGCCUUCCAAAAAUACUUGGAGUAAUGCCACCAUCAUUAAACUAGGCAGAUAACUUUCAAGGUGAAUGGAUUUAAAAGGGACAGAGGCUACUUAGAUGUUACUUUCUCUGCAGAAUAAAAGGUUUAUCAUUUUAUAGUCAUGCAGGGAGUGCAGAGUUCCUACUCUUUGCUUGUCCCUGUGGUGGAUAUGGUCAAUCCUGGGCAGACAUUCAUAGUCUAGUGGAGGAAAAUAAAUGUUCAACGUGAACCAUCAUGGGAGGGCAUAAAUACAUUCAUGGAAGGAUCUGUGUACUUUGAAAGUAUGAAGGAGGGGUCUGCCUUGGGGGUUAAAAAAAGCUUCGCAACAUCAAGGAUACUUAUGAUGAGCCUUGACUACCCUGUGAGUGGUAGAGAGAGGAUAUUCCAGGCUGAGAGAAGUAAAGGUACACAGACCCAGAAAUGGGAAAGAGGGUGGGGAACUGCAACCAUGCGAGUGCAGAUGGAGGAUAAACUCUUCCUGGGAAGGUGGAUGAGAUGAGGCUGGGAAGUCCUAAAGGGCCCUUAUAAGUUCUGGGGUACAGAGUCUGGGGUUGUCCUCUAGAUGGUAGAGAACCACUUGUAGAUUAUUAGACAGAGAUACCCAAAGUCAUAAUUUUAAAAAGAUUGUUUUGGUGGCACUAUGAGUUUAGUUGGGGUAGGGAAGACAGGAGUAAGGAGCUUAGGAGCCUGUUGCAGUGGUCCAAACAGGAUGAGUCUAAACUAAGGUGUAGUGGGAGUGACAAUGGGGAAAAGGGAACAACUCUGAAAGAUGUUUAAGAGAUGAGGAGUUAGACUAUCAUGAAUGACUGGAUAGGAAGAAUAAAGAGAAGGGGAAAUCUGGGAUUCCCCAGAUGGGGCAGGGUUGAAUAUUGGCAUCAUUCGGUGUGAUUGUGAUUCAGGAGAGAAAUACAUUUUGGGGGACAUUUGCAGAGUUCCCUUUUGUACUUGCUGAAUUUGAAAUGCUUAUUGGUUAUUCAUUUGAAGCUUUAUUGGUUCUUAGAGUAACUACUCUAAAAGAUAAUGUAGUAGACUCGGAGGACAGGGGCAAGAAAAAAAGUCACAAGUUUUCUGUGCCUGUGAAGCUUACAGCCUGGGGGAGAGACAGAUAUAAACAAGUAAUUACUUAACUAAUCACUUAAUUAGUAUGUAAAUAAGAAAGGGACCUAACUCAUAAGGCCAUGUGCAGUCUGUUCUGGAGCUUAGCAGAGCAGUCUGGUGUGUGAUAGAGAUUUCGGGGUCCUUGGUGAAUAGUUGCUAACCAAAACCGUUAUAUCCCGUAGGCUAGGUUUGCAGAAUGAGCAGGAAAGGGGACUGAGGUUAAAAUAGCAUGAACAUUUAAGGAGAGUGGUGGAUUAAUAAAGCCCUAAGAUACAUCUGGAAAAGAAUUGCACAAUAGUUGGAAGGUGUAUGGAAAGGAUUAGGAAUGUGGCAGAGAGGUCAAAUAAGAUAGGUAUACAGAGUUCUGUGGCUUUGGAACUUCAAGUACAUGUUGGAUGUAACAAGGGCAGGUAGAGGAAAGUGGGAGGUGUACAAGCCAUAUAGUAUGCCGGAGCUGGCUUAUACUGGUUUGUGAGAGCUGAUUGUUACAUUUUCAGGAAUUGUGCAAGUUGGUUGUUUAAAAAAAAAAGCCAUUUUUGAAAAUUAAGUUAUGUACACUUACAAUUAAAUAAAUUAUAUUAAAAAUAAAUGUAACAAAUAUUCAAAACUCAUACUCAAUUAUUCUAUUGUUAUUUUCCUAUUAUCUAUGCUUUUAAGUUUACUUACAUCUAUUUUCUCUGAAUGGUAGAUGUGCUCUGUCAUGGUGUGCCAGUGCACAUCUCUUCUGAGGUCUGUGUUUGUUGACUUCGCUUUGGUAUCUCAAAAUUAGCCUUAGAGUAUUUACACCACAUGAACUGGCAAAUGCUGCAAAUCACAGAUUGUGUUGCUGAUUUUCUAGACUUAAAGUGAUAUAUUGUUAAUAAUGCAGACUAAAUGCAAAUGUAUGUUGGAAAUGUAGCAGUUACAUUGUGAAUGACACAAAAAAGUGAGGAAAUGGUCUUUUAAAUAUUCUCUAAAUAUAUAAACUGUUAUAAAGUUCAAGGAAGUUGCUCUCAUUAUUGAUGAGCAAGAGAAGUUUUGACAUAUGUAUUCAUUGUUUCACUUUCAUCUUAUUCAUUAAUGCAGAGGAAGCUAUCAACCAGCAUUCGUGUCAGAACGUACCAGAUUUGGUUUCCCCUUUCCCAGCCUCUCGUGGACCAGCGUUGCCAGCUGAAGGAAGGUUGUGAAUCUGCAUCCCAGCCCAUUAGUCCUUCUCCUGAUUCCCGUGAUGAGUUCACCAGUGCAGCCUGGCACCUUGCUGCAAAAAGUGGCAAAGUGAUGGAAUCAAAUGUAUGCAUUACAGUUCCAGCAUAUUCACAGGCCACCCUCCAGAAAGGAAAUUGGGAGUGGGGCAGUGUAACACGCCCUGGCACCUGUGAGACAAGCAGCUGUCAUCCCAAUGGGGUGGCUGGACGAGAGCAGCUCUUGGCUCAGCAGAGAAUGCACAGUAUGAUCAGCUCAGUGGAUGUGAAGUCAGAGGUUCCUGUGGGCCUGGAGCCCAUCUCGCCUUUAGACCUAAGGACAGACCUCAGGAUGAUGAUGCCUGUGGUGGACCCUGUUGUCCGUGAGAAGCAACUGCAGCAGGAGUUAUUGCUCAUUCAGCAACAGCAGCAAAUCCAGAAGCAGCUCUUGAUUGCAGAGUUUCAGAAACAGCAUGAGAACUUGACACGGCAGCAUCAGGCUCAACUUCAGGAGCACAUCAAGUUGCAACAGGAACUUCUAGCCAUAAAACAGCAACAAGAACUCCUAGAAAAGGAGCAGAAACUGGAGCAGCAGAGGCAAGAACAGGAAGUAGAGAGGCAUCGCAGAGAACAGCAGCUUCCUCCUCUCAGAGGCAAAGAUAGAGGACGAGAAAGUAAGAGGCACCAGGGGGCAGUGGCAAGUACAGAAGUAAAGCAGAAGCUUCAAGAAUUCCUGUUGAGUAAAUCAGCAACAAAAGACACUCCAACUAAUGGAAAAAAUCAUUCCGUGAGCCGCCAUCCCAAGCUCUGGUACACGGCUGCCCACCACACGUCAUUGGAUCAAAGCUCUCCACCCCUGAGUGGAACGUCUCCAUCUUACAAAUACACAUUACCAGGAGCUCAAGAUGCAAAAGAUGAUUUCCCCCUUCGAAAAACUGCCUCUGAGCCCAACUUGAAGGUGCGGUCCAGGUUAAAACAGAAAGUGGCAGAGAGGAGAAGCAGCCCCUUACUCAGGCGGAAGGAUGGAAAUGUUGUCACUUCAUUCAAGAAGCGAAUGUUUGAGGUGACAGAAUCCUCGGUCAGUAGCAGCUCUCCGGGGUCUGGUCCCAGUUCACCAAACAAUGGGCCAGCUGGAAAUGUUACUGAAAAUGAGACUUCGGUUUUGCCUCCUACUCCUCAUGCUGAGAAAAUGGUUUCUCAGCAACGCAUUCUAAUUCACGAAGAUUCCAUGAACCUGCUAAGUCUUUAUACCUCUCCCUCUUUGCCCAACAUUACCUUGGGACUUCCAGCAGUGCCAGCCCAGCUCAAUGCUUCAAAUUCACUCAAAGAAAAACAGAAGUGUGAGACCCAGACACUCAGGCAAGGUGUUCCUCUGCCUGGGCAGUAUGGGGGCAGCAUCCCGGCAUCUUCCAGCCAUCCCCAUGUCACUUUGGAGGGGAAGCCCAACAGCAGCCACCAAGCUCUCCUGCAGCAUUUAUUACUGAAAGAACAGAUGCGACAGCAAAAGCUUCUUGUGGCUGGUGGCGUUCCCUUACAUCCUCAGUCUCCCUUGGCAACAAAAGAGAGAAUUUCACCUGGAAUUAGAGGUACCCACAAAUUACCCCGUCACAGACCCCUGAAUCGAACCCAGUCUGCACCUUUGCCUCAGAGCACAUUGGCUCAGCUGGUCAUUCAGCAGCAACACCAGCAAUUCUUGGAGAAGCAGAAGCAAUACCAGCAGCAGAUCCACAUGAACAAACUGCUUUCGAAAUCUAUUGAACAACUGAAGCAACCAGGCAGUCACCUCGAGGAAGCAGAGGAAGAGCUUCAGGGGGACCAGGCGAUGCAGGAAGACAGAGCGCCCUCUAGUGGCAACAGCACUAGGAGUGACAGCAGUGCUUGUGCGGAUGACUCACUGGGACAAGUUGGGGCUGUGAAGGUCAAGGAGGAACCAGUGGACAGUGAUGAAGAUGCUCAGAUCCAGGAAAUGGAAUCUGGGGAGCAGGCUGCUUUUAUGCAACAGCCCUUCCUGGAGCCCCAGCACACACGUGCGAUCUCGGUGCGCCAAGCUCAGCUGGCUGCGGUUGGCAUGGACGGAUUAGAGAAACACCGUCUUGUCUCCAGGACUCACUCCUCCCCAGCGGCCUCCAUUUUACCUCACCCAGCAAUGGACCGCCCCCUCCUGCCAGGCUCUGCAACUGGGAUUGCCUAUGAUCCUCUGAUGCUGAAACACCAGUGCAUUUGUGGCAAUUCCACCACCCAUCCGGAGCAUGCUGGACGAAUACAGAGCAUUUGGUCACGGCUGCAAGAAACUGGGCUGCUAAAUAAAUGUGAGCGAAUUCAAGGUCGAAAAGCCAGCCUGGAGGAAAUACAGCUUGUUCAUUCUGAACAUCACUCACUGUUGUAUGGCACUAACCCCCUGGACGGACAGAAGCUGGACCCCAGGACACUCUUAGGUGACUCCUCUCAAAAGUUUUUUUCUUCAUUACCUUGUGGUGGACUUGGGGUGGACAGUGACACCAUUUGGAAUGAGCUGCACUCGUCCGGUGCUGCACGCAUGGCUGUUGGCUGUGUCAUCGAGCUGGCUUCCAAAGUGGCCUCAGGAGAGCUGAAGAAUGGCUUUGCUGUUGUGAGGCCCCCAGGCCAUCAUGCUGAAGAAUCCACAGCCAUGGGGUUCUGCUUUUUUAAUUCAGUUGCAAUUACCGCCAAAUACUUGAGAGACCAACUAAAUAUAAGCAAGAUAUUGAUUGUAGAUCUGGAUGUUCACCAUGGAAAUGGUACACAGCAGGCCUUUUAUGCCGACCCCAGCAUCCUGUAUAUUUCACUCCAUCGCUAUGAUGAAGGGAACUUUUUCCCUGGCAGUGGAGCCCCAAAUGAGGUUGGAACAGGCCUUGGAGAAGGAUACAAUAUAAAUAUUGCCUGGACAGGUGGCCUUGAUCCUCCCAUGGGUGAUAUCGAGUACCUUGAAGCAUUCAGGACUGUGGUGAAGCCUGUGGCCAAAGAGUUUGAUCCAGACAUGGUCCUGGUUUCUGCUGGAUUUGAUGCAUUAGAAGGCCACGCCCCUCCUCUGGGAGGGUACAAAGUGACAGCAAAAUGCUUUGGUCAUUUGACGAAGCAACUGAUGACACUGGCUGAUGGACAUGUGGUGUUGGCUCUAGAAGGAGGACAUGAUCUGACAGCCAUCUGCGAUGCAUCAGAAGCCUGUGUAAAUGCCCUUCUAGGAAAUGAGCUGGAGCCACUUGCAGAAGAUAUUCUCCACCAAACUCCGAAUAUGAAUGCUGUUAUUUCUUUACAGAAGAUCAUUGAAAUUCAAAGUAAAUACUGGAAGUCAGUAAGGAUGCUGGCUGUGCCAGGGGGCUGUGCUCUGGCUGGGGCACAGUUGCAGGAGGAAACAGAGACUGUUUCUGCUCUGGCCUCCCUGACAGUGGAUGUGGAACAGCCUUUUGCUGGAGAAGACAGCAGGUAUGAAUCCAACAUGGGGGAAUCAUUAAGGUCAGUAACAUCCAGGCUCGUCAUUAGCGUUCAUGAACCUCUCUCCAGGCUCUCCUUCACCUGUCACCUCCACUUCCAGCACCUGUCUUCUCCUAAGCCACAGAUGCCACAGAACAUGCUGUCGGCUAUCAAGAAUUCAUUUGUUUCAUUCUUCAUGGGAAAUACAGAGCUGGAGCAUGUGGUUGCAGUUCACAGAGAAAUAGAAGGGAUAAGAUAGACGGUGAGAAAAAUCACUCCUUGUUGGAUAAUUUAGGGCAAAUCAUUAUGGAAAAAGCUUCUUGGGGGCUUAACUUCUUUCCUUAGUUCUCUCUCUUUUUCCAGAUGUUAUUUUUUUUCUUUCAUCAUUUUGAAAAUACUGAUAUAACAAAGAGGGAAAAGGGGUGCAGAAAUUGGAGGUAUGGUUAGUUGUCUGGGUAGCUAAAAUACAUACAAGCUCCUUAUAUGACUGUACCUGAGGUAAAACAACUAGAUAAAGAUGGGAGUUGUAUCACAAGGAGACAGGAAUGUGUAUAAAGAAUGUGUAGUCUGAUUUUAAUUUACUUUAGGAUAAGAAGGAGUUGAUUUUAGUUAGACUUUAUAUGAAUAGUUUUUAGAAAAAAAAAAAUUAAGUUUACUUCUCCUUUUAAGAAAUGUUUGUCAAUUUGUACAUUUCACAAUUUGUUUUAAGUUUACUGUGACCAAAACCACCACAAAUGUACUUACACUAACAUUGGUGCUCUCUGUGGAUGGCUUCAAAGUUACAUUUACUUAAUUUAAAAAUGAAUAGAUGAGGCUUUACUAAAACUCUGCCAGCUUGCACUUUUAAAUUGCUUCUGAGAAUAAAAUCGAACUCCCUCCAUCAAUAACAUCACCAUUAAUUACACAGAUCCUGCUACUAGUACAUAGUUUGGCAAUUUUCCCAAGAAUGCACAAAUUUGAACAGAUUUAGCUUUCUUGCUUUUACUGGAUAUUCAGAGUUUAAUGGAUUUAACAUCUUGCUUUGGGCAAGAGGAGGGGAUACAAUGAAUAAGAGAUUUCAUUUUGAUGCAAAUAUUUUUUCUUACUAUAACCAAUUAAAAAGAUUACCAGUAGAAAAAAAAAUUCUGACUAUUGCAUUAAAAGGCAUCUUCAUAUGGGCAUCUGGAGCAUAAGAGAGAACGUGUUUUACAUCUUUAUAAUAUGAACUAACCCCCUGCUGUUCCCAGCUAAGAACCAAACCAAGUUCAUAAUCCAGAGGUGUUGCAGUUAUUCCCAAGGCCAAGUACAGUUAGUUGUCUGUCAUUUGAGGGCUGUAAAACUAAAGAAACUAACAUCUGUUAGGGUUGAAUAUAAAAGGAGCAUAGCUAUUCUUUAAAAUUCAUUUAAUAUAGAGAAAUGAAGCUAAAUUCCAACCUGAGUGAAAUGAAUUGUAAUUUUGCCCUUUAAAUUGCAGAGCUUAGAAUAAUUAAGAAUAGUAAGUCCUGUUGUGAGCCCUAUGUAAUGUAAAAAUUUCAGCACUUUGGCAGAAAUUGGCUCCGUAAGCUUGCUUGUUGAUCUUCAGGUAAAUAGUGUGCUUGACCUCAGAUAAUCUACAGGGACUUGACCCUGGCUUCAGUUCAGAGUUAUUUUUAAGCUUCAUCUGAUGGUAGAGAAAGAAGGGGAAUGGGAAUGUUUUGAUGUACAGGGAGACAGAGUGGAAGCUUGUGUCCUGGCUGCAUGUUUAUCAGUUUUAGACAGAUUGUAUCUAUUUUGAUUGAUUUUUCUUGUGAGACGGAAAAUAGUUUUGCUUGAAAUAGUUUCUGUGGCUUUGAACUCACUUUUUCAAUAGGGGAAAAGAAGAAUUUUUCUAGAACUGACUUAUGCAUUUCUGUUGAACCGUGCAUGAAUUUCAUCAGAGAGUCGGACAGGGAGAACCCUUGAAAGCCGAAGAGCAUUUCUUCUUAGGGGAAGGCUAUCAGAAUUGUCCCCCUACUCAAUACAGGAAAGAUGACUUUCAGAAUGAAGUAAAGAAGUAGAAAUAUUCUUGGGCCUUUGUUAUGAAUGCCAUAUUAUAAGUACACAGGAAAUUGAAAAAUUAGAAAAAUCAGAGUGCUAAAUGGAUGGAAAAGGGUGAACGCAAGAUUCUUUUUAUAGGAAAUUCUUGCCAGUUAUUUUGGAGAAUAUAUUGGUGUUUGGAGUGAGAUGACUCAUUUUGUACUAAGAUUUUGGGUAAAGCAGUUCUUUUCCUGGCCAACUCAUAUCUGACUCAUUUACCACUAGUGAAUAAGGGAUAAAAUGCUCCUGGCUAAGAACCAUUGUAAGUAUUUUUUGUUCAUUUUGGGAGGUGCUGUGGGGGAGAUGACAACACCAUGUGGAUACUCAUUUCAUUUUUAUAACUCAUUGAUGGACCAUGAAGAGUAAAUUGUUAGAAAAAAGCUGGGGAUUCAUUUUGGGGACAACUGACUGAAGUACAGUUUUUAAAACAUAAUUUUCAGAUGGCAGAGGAUUUGAGCAGGAGAGAAAUGAUUGGCGGGUCAGCAAAAAACAAAAACAAAAGUCAAAAAAAUAAUUAAGGGGUCAUGGAUAUGUUCAAAUAGAUAGUACUGUUUAGAAAAGAGAAUUGUUUAGAAAAGAGAAUUGUGAUCUAAGUUGUUUUCUUGUCAGGAGACUGCACCUUUUAAAAGAUUAGUUUGCAUUGGUUGGACAUCUGUAUGCUUCUACUUUGAAAAGGUCAGUUCUGUAGUGAGGUUUAUUCUUGGAUACCAGUUCAGGUUCUGCUAAAAAUCAAAAGUCCUCUCUGGCAAUCAAGACUUCAGAAUGAUCACCUAUUAAGUUAUUGGGAACAUAUUUACACUCCAGAAUAUCUGACUCUCUCACUUUUUUAAUCACAACAAAAAGUUAGGUUUUCAAAUAUCAGUUUAUUGAUUAUAAUGUGAAUCACAUUCAAUUUUCUUAAUGCAAUUAGAUCUAUUGUUCAUUUAAUCAUUUCAUCUUCAGCUUGUCAGCUUUUCUCAUGAAUGAGAUGGUAUCAUUAUUUAAUGCAGGAGCAUGAGAAAAAUAAUGCUUCUGAAUCUGGCUAUUUUGUUUUCUGAGUAACUAUUGUAUUCAUGAAUAUUUUUAAAACAUACACCGAGCUGGAAAAACCAAAGUAUCAUCUGCCUAAGCUGUCAGUCGUGCCUAGGACAUUGAUAAAGCCAUUUUCCUAUAUCUGGAGAUAUAUAUAGAAAUAUAGACCACUAUUAAAUCCACAUUCAUUUCAGGGAGUUUCUGUCGUGGCACAGCGGAAAUGAAUCUGACUGGGAACCAUGAGGUUGCAGGUUCCCUGACCUCG